UAUUUUUUCCAACACGUGAUACACGCGUGACAUCUAUUGGUUAGUCAAUGAGUGUUGCAUUUGAUUCAAUUGAUUUGUAUGUUUCACAUGUUGUUAUUGUUGUUGUUGUUGUAGUUGAUUAUCACUUGAUAACUAUUUGUGACAUAUGUUUACCGGAUAUCUUCAGUGACAGUCAUAGACACACACUCUCGGAUCCGUUGGAUGUGAUCAACAAAAAAAUAAACAAUAAUUGUUUUGUUUGUUUUGGUUUUUAUUCAGUGAUUCUUUGAAAAUACUCGACAAAUCAAUUGAUAGUCAUAUUAGAUGACAAUGUCUUCGCCGACUAAGAAUAAAAGGAAACAAGAGGUUCAAGAGGUUACCAAUGAAGACAAGAAACGCAAAGAAGACGACGACAACAGCGAUGACGAUGUUGUAGAGGAUGAAGAUAUUGUCGAUGAAGAGGUUGACGACGAGUCAGAGGAUUCUGAAGAAGACUCGGAUGACAGUGAAGACAACGAAUUUAUAGAUAAAGAAGUCGAGAUCGAGUUUGCCUCUUAUCCGGUCAUUGAAGACGAUUUUAAUGGCAUUAAAUGUCUUUUGGCUCAGUUGUGGCUCAAAGAGAAGAUCAAUAUAUCAGAUUUGACUCAAUUUCUUGUCGAUCAGAAGACAAUUUGUUCCGUUAUUAAGCAAGAAGCUGAUGAUGACGACGAAGACGAAGACAAAGACAAAGAGAAAGACAAUGAUGACGAAGAAGAAGAAGAUCUCGAUGUUUAUGGCGUCACAUCACUGAUACCGUUGACUUCAAGUACAGAUAAAGAGUGUAUUAAACAAAUACGAAACACAUUGCUGUCACACUCGCCAAAAGACAAUGAAAUUCAUAAACUAUUAGCGAAUGAAUCGUCAAAAGUUGGUUUAAUUGUAAGCGAAAGGUUUACUAAUUUGCCGCCAAAGAUCUCAUUGCCAACGUUUGAAUCACUGAUGAAUGACUUGAAGACAACUACCGAUAAUCAAACGAAAGAUAAAUUAGAUAUCGAUUGGUAUCUAAUGGUUUGUAAAGUAUUGAAACUCAAGAGCAAAUCAAAGAACAAGACAUCGGAUUCAAGCGCUUCAGGAGAUGUGAUUUACAUGAAUGCUGAGGAAGAACUGUUUGAUGAGAUUAGUGACCACAGUCUUGAAUACAGUGUCGCCAAUCAGUGCGAUUCAGAUGUGUUUGAUUGGAAAGAUGAGGACAAUCUCUACGAACCGUUUCGUAAAGUAUUGCUAUUAUCGGCUGACAACUGGAUUAAUGCUAUCAAUCGAUUAAAAGAAGAAUUCAAAUAAUAAUUGAAAAAACAAA